CCUUUAAGCAUUUCGCAUGUUUUUCAAAUAUAUCCUAUGUAAUGCAUUUGGUGGUGUUUCACUCCAGCUAUCGACUUUUGAGUUUUCGGAUUGUUUUGAUCUCACACUUGUGCUAUUGCUGAUUGUUUUCGUUUUCCUUUGUUUUCAUAUAUGAGUGCAUUCAGUGUGCUUAACUUAUCGUCGGUCAACUUUUUCUAUUGUUCUUUCCUCUUACAGAUAUACUCCCACGUGCACUCAGCAUAUAAAAUAUCUUCAGUCCUGUCGCAAAUUAUUACGUAGUGGAAUUCCACCAGAGGAUCUCCUCCUAGGCCAAUUCUAGCUAUCUGACCAAGUUACACAUCACACCUACUAUGAUGGAUAUUGAUGAAAUCGAGUUCAAGGAUCCUCCAGAAUUCAUCAAAUAUGUUUGUGGCAGAUUGAAUAUGACUAAGGAAGAAUUUCGAGACGAGUUUCAUGAAGCAUGUGUUAAUGGACACUUUGAUUCUCCUGUCUUCUCAACUGUACGGAAGCUCUUCCGCUUCCACUGCUUUUGUACCAGCCGAUUCAGGACUAAAAACAAAAUGUUGUGCACAACUAAGCUUUUUGAGUAUCUUAUAUCAGGAACCUUAGGAUUUGAUACCCUGAGACGCAAACUGAAAGAAUACGAUUAUUCUGCAAGAUGCAGUCUUGUAUGGACAACUAAUUAUUUUGCUUAUCGUUGCAGAACAUGUGGGAUGUCUCCCAGUAUGUCUCUCUGCAGUUCUUGUUUCACUGCCGGUAAUCACGAAGGACAUGAUUUUAACAAGUUUAAAAGUCAUGCUGGUGGUGCGUGCGAUUGUGGUGAUGCAACUGUAAUGAAAGAAUCAGGAUUUUGCCGUUUUCACGGACCGGAUAAAGUACACAAUCGUCCAGUACCUCCUGAUGAUUUAGUUGCUCCUCUUAGAUGCUUACUUCCAAGUUUCUUAUCUGCUUUGUUAUACUGGCUGUGGGAACAUGGAAGGGAUAGUGAAGGAUUGAAUUUUAAUGAAGAUGAUACACCUGCUAUCUCAAUUCUUCAUGCAUUACACGCCAGUGGAUGGGUUACACAAAAAAUGAUAGCUGACGUUAUGAUUGACAAGGCAGUCUAUGAAAAGUUGAUAUUUGAAACUGAGAAUCGGAGAGCAUGUGGUGACUAUCAACUGAGUGUAUCCAGUAAUCCUGAAUUCGAAUUUCCUCCUAUUAUAAGCAAUCAAAAUUUAGUGCAUCAAACACUUUUGGAUGCUUUCAUUUUCUCAACUAUAAAACUACGCUUUCCAGAAAGCUUGGUCACAUUCUUAAUUGGAUUGUUAGCUGUUGAAGAAUUCAAGGAAGAAUUUAUUCAAUCCUAUCUUAAUCAUUACACACGAAUAGCUUCAACUGUUUUACUUUCAGCGCGUGCACGUAUUUCACCUGAAUGGUCUUUACAAAUGAAUAAUCGUAUUGUACAUAUAUCAGUACAAUUGUUCAGUGGUGAAGAAUUAGCUCUACGUGUAAUUAAACAAAGAAAUCUUCAUCAUCUCCUUGUACAUUGUUUACUAAAUAUGUUAACAUGUUGUCGUACUCGUUUAGACGAUCGAAGCAAUAUGGUGCUUAGUUGUGAUGGGAUAUUAAUUCAAAACAACGUAUUUUGGCCAUUUGUUUCAGAUCUCAGUAAUUUAGUUUCUCAUAAAUCAGUAGUUGAUAUUCUUGUUGAAGACGCAGAUUUUUUAAAUGCAUGGACUAAAUUAAUACGAUAUAUGCAAUUUAUGAAUUGCUUCACAAUGAAAGAGGGAAAUCAUAUUGAAUAUGAAACAAUGACAUUUUAUCAUGCAUUUACAAUGGAAGUUGAAAUUAGUUCAGCUACAAUGUGGAAUUUUUGGAGACAUUGUCGACUUCCAUCUGAACGCACACAUUGCUUAUUAUAUACUAAAGCUUGUUUAUCAACAUUAGCUGAUUUAUUGAAUGGACUUGGUCGAUUAAUUAGCCCAACUGUACCAGAAACUCGGCCAACACGUUCUGCUCUUAGUCUUCAUCUACCAUUGAUGCGUCAUGUUUCUUGUUUUAUUCAUUUAUCCACUAUGCAACAUGGUGUCAAUGUGAGACAAUUAUUAGUUGAUUAUCUUUUACCGAAACCACGUCUAUUACGACGUUUUAUGGAGCACUUAGUUAAUAUUUUGUUAGGUUGUCAUGAAGUGCUUAUUGGUUAUUGGAUACGUAAUGGUCAGAGUGUUAGACAAUCAGUCUCACAUUAUAUGCAAAGUCAAUUUUGUUAUUCAUUUAUUGAUUUGGAUAUAUUCGCAUUACAAGUAUGUACCGCUUUGUUACCGCCUGCAUAUUUUUUGAAUGCUUUAGUCGAUCAAACAAAACUGUUAAGAGGAAUUUGUUUUCAUAAUGAAUUGUUAAGCUUGGUUUCAGAACCGGAAGUGAAAAAUCUUGACCGUAAACCAAUGGCAUUACAAGCUUGGCUAAUCAAUUUGUGUUGGAUAUUGGAUUUGCGUAAUAAUCUAGGACUAACCGAAGAAGAAUUAUUACAGAAAGAGCUUGUUUCUGUGUUAGCUCCAGAGCCUAGAAAACGUAGUGAUUUGUCUAUUCUAAUUCCUGAACGUUGUGGUAUAAUUAAUCCAUCGAAUAAUUUAGAUUCAGUAUUGAAAAUGGUGGCUACUUAUUCUGCACCGUCAUGUGAUGAAACUUCCGGUAGUCUUAUCAGUGGUCAUUAUUACCUUCGGCCUAGUUUAUGGCAUACUGAUUUCGAUCCGAUUUUUCAUUUACUUCGUGUAACUAGUCGAAGAGAAUCAAGUCUAGCUAUGGAAAAAUAUCGGGAACAUUGUCGCCAACGCCAUGGUGUUACAAAUAUGUCUUCAUUGUGGCCACCAUUUCGUAAACCGAAGCAAUUGCCACCAGAUUUCCAUGGUCUGGAUCAUGUACUACAUAGUCGUCAUUUGCAUUAUAUCAUUUUUAUACAACUCAGUUUAUUUGUCUAUGGUGAUCCACUUGUGACAGAAGAAAGCUUAGCUAUGAUUAUUCAUUUAAUCAAUCGAGCAUUAGACACCCCGUGUCGUUCGCCAGGAAAUAAUAGAAAAACAUGUGCUAAGAUAUUUAUGGAAAAUCAAGCAUCCAAGAGUAGUGAAUCAAAUUUACCUACAUUAUCAUUGAAUAAUGUUACUAAUUAUGAUACUAAUACCAAGCUUUUAACUGAACAAAAACAAACAGAAGAAAUAAACGAAAUGCAGCAACAACAAUCAUUAAAGCAAAAAGAAGAUUUAAUUACAGAAAAAUGUCAAAAUGCUUUCAUGGAUGACUUUAUUAUGGAUUGGGAAAAGGGCAAAUUUGAAGAAGUUUUGGAAGAUACUGACUCAGAUAGAUUAGAUCAAAUUGAUUAUGGUGAUGAUGAUGACGAUGAAUAUGGCGAUGAGGAUGUUGAUGAUGAUCAUAAUGAUGAAACUGUUGCAGGUGUUGGUAGUUCAGAUGAUCGUGAUUUAAAUGAAUUAACUAUUGAUUCACAACGUUUUAAUAAUAAACAACUACGUACUAAAACUCGUAAUUAUCGUUCAUCGCAUAUAUGGCGUCGUCAACCAUGGAGUUCAUUAUGUCCUUUACCAUCUACUCCAUCAUUUUCAUCAUCGUCUAAUACAACUACUGCUACUAAUCCUCCUACUAGUAAUAAUCGUCAUAAAAAAUUUUGGGAUACUAGUUUAAUUAAUUGUCCAUAUGAACCACGUACAAGUAUACAAGAUAAUUUAAAUCGUUGGCUUAUGAUAUCAAAGCAUAAUAUUCCACAAGUUUCUUGUGCUCAAGUUAUGCUUGCUAGUCUACCAAUGAAUCAAGGAUCGAAUUUAAAUUGUACAUUAAAUACAGUGCCUGUUUUAGUAAAUAAUGAAAUACAAAAUGGUUCCAAAAAUAUUAUGCUGGACAGUAUUAUUUCUUUACUUAUCAAAGCACAUGCUCGUCUUUACUGGAGUCGUAUUGUCGGUGGAGCUGACGCUAUCCCAAAAAUUUCUCUCGGUGGUUCACUGUUCACUGAUCCUAAUUUAACUGCGCAACAAUCUGGAAUAACAGACUCAUCAACGAUGGUAACAACAGCAAUGCCGGUUAUGAAUGUAGAUGGCAAUAAUCCUAUAACAUUAAGUCAAGACCAAGUUGAUGACAGUUGGGUGGAUUUUCUUAACGCUUUUCCAAAACACAAUACUGUUACUCCUGCUACUACUACUGCAAAUAAUAAUUGUCUAACUCCUCGUUGUAUGGCUGUUUUAAUGCCAAAUGAACGACAUGAAUGUUCAAAUUCGAAUGAUUCCAGUAAUCCUACUGUAUCACCAUCGUUUGCAUCUAAUAAUGUGAACCUUAACCCUUCAAUUAUUGCAAAUCUUCCUCCUGAAUUACGUUAUUUCGCUUCUACUAAACCAACUUAUUUCCUACCGGAAGAAAGGAAUGAAUCAACGUAUCUUCGAGAAUCAAUAAAUACUACAAAAAGUUACAAUUUCACCAGCUCAUUAACAAACAAUGAUGACAGUUCUCUAACAACAACAACAACAAAUGAUGUAUGUCAUUUUACUAACUUCGGUGAUGGUGCCUAUUGGAUAGAACGAUUAUUAGAUAAAAUCGCAUCUCUAUCAGAAAAUAAUAAAUCUGCAAUUAAAAUGUAUUUAGCUAGAGCUAGAUCACCAUAUAAACAAGUGGUACACUUGCAUACACUCCAACCAAUGGAUGUUAUUUCAUCGUCAUCAUCAAAUGUUGCGCAACAGUUUGAACAGAAGCAACAAUUCACUAUGUCAAACAAUUCCAAGAAAAUGAGUAGUAGUAAGGAGGGGAUCGGUUUAAACAAUGAAACUGACGUAAUAUUCAAUAUUUCAUUUUCAUCGACAAAUGAUGGUAAUAAUUCUCCAAUGAAUCAAAAUUCGCCAAAUUCAUCUUGUCUUCCAACGACAUCAGCAGUUGGUACUCGUGAUGAACGGAAACGUGCUGCACAAGAACGACGAAAGCGUCUUAUAGAACAGAUGACAUCUAAGCAAAAAGCAUUCGCUUCUACCCAUUUAAAGGAUAUGGAAUCACUGAAUCAGCAGACUGCGGAUCGUAAAGAACAGUUAGAUAAUAGUGAACCGUUGUAUGAAUGUGUUAUUUGUCAAAUAUCUGGUCGACCAUCAGUAGAUGACAUGGUUCUUUUGGACAUGAUGUGUGAAUCGAACCUUAUGCUUCAGCUUCGUGAAACUGCUGUGAUACCAACAUUAUCUGGACGAGAUCUUAUCCAGUCAUCAGGUUAUCCUCCACUUCUUUCUGAAACUGAUGACUUAUCAUGGUUGUCACCAGAACGACCGCCUGUUGCUAACUCACUGUCUCAAGAUUCUCAGUUGAGAAACUCAGCAAACUCUGAUAAUCCUUCUCCAGUUAGUGGUAGUAGUCAAGCUCCAGCAGGAAUUGUUGGUCUACCAAUUCAUCCAAUUAUAAGUAAUUCUUCUAUGGAAUCACAUACAAAACGUUCAUCAUCACCUAAACCUCAAACACUUUCUGGUAAUAAACAAUCAAAGCAUCACUUAUGCUAUACUGAAUCUCGUCAAUGGUGGAGUAGUGCGAUACCUUCUCUGAUAUCUAAAACAUUACCCCUACUACGUUCUGGACUUUUAUUACAAACUUGCGGUCAUGUUGUUCAUCGAGAAUGUUUUCAGCGUUAUCGUACACAUGGGGGUAAUCGUUCUACUACAACACGUCAUCGUUCUUGGAUUGUAUGCCCUUUGUGUAGAAGAGAUAUUCAUCAUCUUUUACCACUAGUUCCAUUGCCUAAAUCUGAUACAUUUGGCAAUAAACAACAAUUAUUCCCUUCUGUAGAAUACGGUCAACAGAAUAUUGCAAUGCUUUUGAGUAAACUAAAUUCAUUAUCAGACACUGGUUCAACAUUUUGGAAUGAUUUAAAUGGUUCUGAGGAUGAGUUAAACGUUCAGCGUCGAAUUCUGAUGUCUCAACUAAUUGGCAGUAACUAUGAGGCUACCAUAUUAUUAAGAUGUCAACUAGAAUGUGAACUUAGUGUUCUGAUGAGUUAUCCAUCACAAUAUUCCAUGGUAUCUCGUCGGUGUUAUUGGCGUGAGUUUAUUUGCUAUCUCCGACAACUAUAUAAGAAGUCAUCUGAUAUUAAGAAUUUAAUACAAUGUCUCAUGAUUGAUGAAGUAAAGAGAUUGAAUGAUGACAAUUCGUUUCCAUUGUGUGCUUUACUUCAAGAUCCAGUUGAUAUUCUGCUUGGACUGCUACCUCAUAUAUGGCCUAAUGAAGGUAUUUUCCAUGCUGUUUUGGCAUCGACAUUUUGUUUGGCUUAUAUACGUGCUCUUAUCAGUGUUACGUUCAAUCGUUCCACUUCAUCAACAUGUUUUAAUUUAGUUAAACAGAUCAAUGGAACACGAAAUUUAUUGGGUAAAAUUUCGGGUGUUGUCAGAAAGCACUUAGAGAUUUUACUUAAUUAUUUAAGUGAGUUAAACAUUUCAUUUACUCCUUCUACCUCUGAUCAUCAUCAUCUGCAUGAUACGCAACACGAUCAACAGUGUCAUUCAACUGAAUCCUUAGAGGAUAAUUGUCAAUCAUCUAAUAAAAUAGAACAUAUUUUAAAAGUACUCUAUCUUGCAUCAAAAUUACCGGAUGAGAAUUUCUUUAAUCAAUUCUCUUCCUCCUCAUCAUCAUCGACAGCAACAUCAUCAUCAUUAUCAACAAUAACAGCAACGACACCACAUUCUUCUUCUCUUCCAAUAGAAUAUGAUCAAAAUCAAAUUGAAUUACAUAUUAUUCUUCGUAUACUACCAUUUCUACGUAUUGCUAGUUUAUGUUGGACACGUUGGCAUCCAGACAAUGUAGGUACUGUUAAACCGUUAGGUUUACCAUUUGUUGGAUUAUUAAUUAAAUCAACUCAGAAAACUAAUAGUCACGAUCAUCGAUUGUCAACAAAAGAAUUUAUAUCUAUUACACCUGAGCAACAAUUAAUUGAAUUUAGUGAUCUUUGUCGUAUAUUAUCAUUGGAUUGUGGAGAUAGUACAGUGAUAAAUGUAGCCCAGGUUGGUGAGUUAGCUGGUCGUUUAUGUGGAUUAUGCACGCCUAAUAAUAAUAAUGCUAUAGAAUAUCUUAUUGGUCGAUGGAUCGGUCAGAUUAAAAAAGUAUCAUCAGUUCACUUAACUGCUUCAUCACCAACAUUACUGUUACAAUCUUCAACAUCAGUAUCGUCAUCAUCUACUGUCUGUGAUAUGCCUUUACAAAUUAAUGAUAAUAAUAAUGAUAUCAACCAGUUAUCAAAUAUUGAUCAUAGAAAUAUAUUAACUGAAGUUGAGAAUAUCACAUCUGUUAGUCGAGGAACAUCGUAUUUUAUCUUGCAUAUAGCUGAAUAUCUACGGUCAUUAGUUGAGAUUGGUCGUCAGUUGUAUUCACCACGUCUUAUACGUACACCAUCAUCAUUUGAUGUAUUAUUCAAUGCAUUGCAUUUAGUCAAUUGUUCAUCAAAUCAACACAGGUUUCAAGAUAACAUUCUAUGUCUCAUUUGUGGACGCUUAUUAUGCAGUUUAUGCAGUAAUUUAGCUACCGUUGUUGUUGAACAUACCUAUAUGUGUGGUGGUUUUUCUGGCGUAGUCCUUGAAGUAAACACUUCCAUUGUUUACGUAUCACUUGGAUCAAAUAUUUGUGAUUGGGGUUCAGUUUAUUUAGAUGAAUAUGGAGAAGAAGAUUUAGAAUUAAAACGUGGGAAACCAUUAUUCUUAAAUGCUGAACGAUUUGCCCUCUUAGAAAAUCAAUGGAUCACUCAUUCAUUUCGUCAUGUAUUAAAAAAUUGGCGAUCUGUUUGAAAUAAAAUCAAAACAAGGACAGAACACACCGACAUACAAACACAAGAAAACCAUAUGUGAGUAUCAAUGUCACAAUUCACCUCCAUUAACAUAAUGUACUAUUACUGUACAUGUCAAGAUAUCUUCUGUUAAAACAGCUGUCGGAUACACAUGAAUAUCACAGUAAAUACUUGAAUUCAUUCUUCAAUUAUUUUCAUUAAAGUUCUUUAUUGAACAAUAAUCGACAGCAUAUAUAUAUGACUAUCAAAACAGAAUUAUACACACAAUCAGUCCUUCUUGAAUUAUGUUCUUAACACAUUAUGCUAGAAGCUUUCUACACAUAUUUCUGCUGUUUGUUGGCGUUUUAGUUUAUAUUGUGAGAUACGUAGCUGAAAACUACAACAAACUGGCAACUUAAUUAACGCGUCCCACUUCUCACCCAUCAAUGCUUUGGAUAUACACAUACACAUGUUAUAUAUAUAUAUAUAUAUAUAUAUAUAUAUAUAUAUAUAUAUAUAUAUAUAUAUAUAUAUACUUAUGUCUAAUUAUUGUUGGUUUUCGAAUACUCACUGUCGAACAACAGAGAUUGUUUGGGUUUUUGUGAUAUAAAACAAAAAAAAAAAUAAAAAGAAUUCGUCACAAAUAGUCUACCAUCGUUUCAUUUGUGUUGUUGUACUCGUAUUUUGUUUAGUUUUGACAGCGUUCAUUUCAUCAUUUACCUCAAUAUUUUCUUUGACAAGUAUUAUAUAAUCCGUAAAAUUGCUAUUGAAAUGUGCAUUGAGCUUGAUACAAUUAACAUGGAAUCGAGUAUAUAUAUAUAUCGUUUGUUAUUGCUACUUAAGUGGUAUCAACGUCCUUUUUGUGAUUAAUUUUUCUCUACAUUACUGUUUGUUUUGUUUCCUACUUAUUCAUUGUUCAUUGCAUUUCACUGUUUCACACAAAUGACAUACAUAUACUUUCGAAUUGUGCAUGAAUAUAUAUAUAUAUAUAUAUAUAUAUAUCAUGAGUAUUCAGCUACGCAAUAUUCAGAUAAAUAUCUUCUUUGAAUAAUUGUGAGACUCUGUGUUCCUUCCAGUUAUAGUAACACUACUUUUUCUUAUAUAAAGAGUAAUAAUAAUCAACAUAAUUAUUACUGUGAAUUCCGGCUAACUCACGUCAACUACACCUUUCAUUUCAUGUCAAUUAGGAAAAAAAAUAGAAUACUCAUCAAUACAUAUUGAUUCUCUAAGUGAUCUUAGGAUGUGUUAUGUAACUACCGUGUGUAUUUGGAAUGCCUUAUUUAUUAAGCAUUAAGUUUGCCAUCCAUCUAAUCAGUGAGUUAUUGUUGCGUAACAUAGUCCUCUUAUAUUGACUUAUCUUUCGAACAAAUCAUCUUAUUUCCAUAUGUUUUGUUUAAAAUAGCAUACAUGUGAAUAUAUAUCACGCACUACACAUAUUCUCUUGCUCUCUCUCUCUUUUUUUUUCUUUCUUUCUUUCUUUCUCUUCCCCCUAUUUAUUCCUCUUUCAAAUUCAUAAUGAUGUUUGUUUUAAAAUAUAAAAAAAAUUUUGACACAAGGUAAAUCACAAAACACUCUUAAUUUUAAUUUACACUAAAUUAUUCGAUUCGUUUUCAAGUGUUCACUGUUUAGUAUUAUUUUUCUAGUUUAUCAAAUUAGAAAAUCUGCACGAGUUAUAUAACAACCACCAAGAUAAAUACCGAAUCGUUCAAAAAAAAUUAACUUCCAUACGAAAUAGUUAAGAGAUGAAAAGAGAAAGCCAAAAAAAUAAAAAGAUAAAAUGUAGUCUUGAUAACUUUCUUUUUAUUACGUCACUCUAUAUUGCACAUUGAAUUAUUACGAUUGAAAAUAACAUAAUCGUUUUUCUCAUUAUAUCAUUUCAAAUUCUUCUCCUUUAAACGUUCAUUCAAUUAAUUUUAAUUUCAUUAUACACAACAGAUAUGUCGCUUAAUGAUUUUAUAUAUGUUUACUAACUAAAUGAGAAAUGGUAAAUAUUUAGUGUUGAGUUUUUUUUCUUCACUUUACUACUUUAAACUGUCCCAUUCUCCAUUACUCCUGUUACGUAAACAGCGAUGGAAGGUAAUAAUGUUAUACUUUGUAUUUGAAUAGUAAUAAUGUCAGUGUUAAAAGGGCUAAUCUCAUACAAACUUGUGAUCAUAUGUCAAAAUGAAGCAUUUCUAGCACAUAUUUAUUGAAAUCUUUUCAUAGAAAAUAAUUGUAUAAAAAUAGGUCAAGUACAGUUUGACUUUAUUGAGUACAUUUAUUAUAUAACGGUGAAACUUAAUCCAUCAUGUUAACUUAUCAGAAUGUAUGGAAUUUUGCAAAAGUAACAAAUAUAUUGAUAUGGUGAAGAAGAUUUGUAGCUCAGGUGGAUGAUUUUGAUGGAGUUUUGUUCUCAUCAUCAGCACAUACUUCAAGUAGAAGUCUACCUAAAGUUUGUGCUAAUGAUGUCGUUCAGAAGAACGAUGAAAUCUCCACGACCAAAUCAUCCAGCUCAUAGAACAAAACUCUAUCAAUGACAAAUAUAUUUUACAAAUAACUCAUAGCUACUUCCCAUUUCAUAUAUACAUUAGAUAUUAUAUAUAUUGAAGAUAUGUGAAUAUUUAAUUGAUAUCCUAGUUCUCAUAAUCAAUUCGUUAAACCAGUUUUCAGACUUUAUUUUUCAUUAAUACAAUAGAUAAUUAAAAGGGCAAAUUUCUACUUACAAUGAACUAUUUUUUUGAAGUAACUGUCCAACUUACACUACGGUUAAAAACGAUUCUUCAAUGUAUUGGAUUUGUAAAUAAAAUAGAAUUCAAGAUAACGACAAUAGUUAGUAGUAAUAUUAAGUAAGAGAUAAAAAUUCACGGAAAAAAUACUCUAGUUCCAUUGGAUAAUUAAUAAUUUAAAGAAAAAGGAAAUAUGUUGAAUAUUUUAGGGAAUAGUCAGUUCCUAUUGAAGUAAACUUUUAAAAUAACAAAUCAAAUUAUUCACUAGGUACUUGGGUAUGAGUGAGACUCAGCUCCACCGAAAGAAUAAUUCGAUAGAAAUCGAUGGAUUCUGUGAAGUUGAAAAAAAUGUAAAAUGAUGUCGGUUUGCGCUUAGAAGGUUAUCUUUUCGAUCUAAUUUUGUGUUUUGAAGUAAGGCUUAUUAGUAGUUUUGAAUAUGAUUACGUUAUUCUUCAUGCUACCUGAAGUUAAUUAUAUGAGUAGGUUGUGAUAGUCAAUGACAAUUUAUGAAUUUUUAUUCCUACGUGAUUGGAGGUAAACAACAGGAACCGCUUGAGAUUCAUUUCGUACAAGUUAACGCUCGUCAACAAUACAUAACUAGAGUCAGGUGUUAACUCAUACCGCUCGUAUAGGUUUCAAGUCAGGUGUCAAUAGCGUUUCUGUUAACCGACCAUUUAUUUAACAUAUUUACGCUAAAUAGUGUUACCCAAUGUCACCUUUCAGUCUCUGAUGUUGAUUAAAGCUUAUCGACCAAGUUACAAAUAUAUACACUAGUAAAAGUAAAAAUACCUGUUAGUAUAGGCGUUUGUGAAUACUGAUCAAUUUUCAGAUCUUACAUCAUGGAUUGAAAUUAAUGAGAAAAUCACUGAAAACUGGUAAGCACUAGACAGCUGUGUUGUCUCAACAUGGCACUCCUCAACAGUACAGUUCUUGAUUCUCAAUGUCUGUUCGUGACGGAAACUAUGGACAUGUACUAAUUGUUUCACUAUCUUUACGUCAAUUUGAAGUGACGAAACCUGAGAUGGGUGGUAUAAACAAUAGUAUUUUAUUUCUGAC